AUGGAGUGCGAGCUGAAUGAUUUCGGAGGGAAGAGCGAAUCUGUCGUGCCGUGCGAGGAGUCGCCGCGGCGAGGUGGCGGAUCGGAGAGGGACGAGCGGCCUCUGCUCAAGGCGGAUUCAUCCGUCUCCGCCGGAUCCUCUGGGGUCCCCACGUGUUCAGAGAGUGUGGAGGAGCUCGAGAGGAAGUAUGCGCCGUACGUGCGGAGGGACGCGUAUGGGGUGAUGGGGAGAGGGGAGCUGCCGCUGCGGGAGAAGUUGCUUCUCUUGCUUGCACUCGUGACUCUCGUCCCGAUCCGGUUCAUCGCUGGGACGGCCAUUUUGGUGAUUUAUUACCUGAUCUGCCGAGUGUGCACGCUUUUCAAGGAUCCCAAUCGGGAGGAUGAGCAGGAGGACUAUGCUCACAUGGUUGGCUGGAGGAGGGAGGUGGUGGUGCGGUCUGGACGGUUCUGUUCCAGGGCAAUGCUGUUCGUUUUCGGGUUCUAUUGGAUUAAGGAGUCAUUAUUGGAGGUAAUGCUCAAGUACUAUGUUGUUGAUUAUUUUGUUACCUUGUCACUUGUUGGUCAUUCAGUUAGCUUGCUAUCUUUUUUAGUUAAAUAAAAAUGUUUGGUGGACGUGGACUGAUCACCUCACAAGCAACAAUGUUUUUCCAUCAUAAGACAUUGAAUAAGAAUGACACCGGGUGCCUUCUCUUCUUCUCGUCUUUGGUCGCUCACUUCUCCUCAUGAAAUUGUAGAUUCUUCUCCCCACUUUCUGAUCUAUCUUUCGUCCUAACUCACACCACACGAAUGGAACAACUUAUCAACUUCGGGGAAUUAUUCUGGUGCGCUGUGUCAAACCACUAUUCAUGGUCAAUACGUCUUUCAAAUUUUACUCGUGAGAAUAAUGUAGGUCCCUGCAGAAGAGAAGCUUCCCUCCCACAUAUUGUUUCACAUGAAAAUGUUUUUCUUCUUUUGUUUCAAAGUAUUUCUAUUCUUUUGGAACGUCCAACCUUAACCUGUGGAGAUGUUCAUGACUCACUUAGUCCAACUGGUCAAGUAACUUCGUUUAGUAUAAAAGUCAUCGACGUGUUCCACUUUGUACGUGAGCUACAUGGAGAUUUGUUCCACUUUCUUGGUUUACUAUUCUCUACCCAUUGGUCACACGCCGACUCUUAUUUGUUAACCACCUAUCGAAGACCCCUCAUCCCAUUUUCUUGUUUUGAUCUAUGGUUUCAGUUCUCAUGAAUAUUUUGUUCAUGUACUUGUGACAAGUUUGCACACAGUGCUAAAAAAAAAGUUGAAUUGUACUUGUCUUAUGAUAUUGUUGCGUUUCCAUUUUCAACAAUUAAAUCUCACGUUAUUAGUAUGUAUGUGAUAAUUGAAACUCAUAUCAGAUGCAUCUCCUUCUAACUAUGUAGAUUGCUUGCCAUCUCACCAUCUGAAGUAAAUGCUGUUUUUGAAUAGUUUGACGUGUCUUUUUGUAUCCGAAUUUGGGAAGUUCAAUGUCUCGUUUGUAGAUGGUAGAGUUGGAUUAAGACUGAAACAGGACUGCUGGCGUGCCUGUAAGUCAAUAUUAAUUGUCUUCUAGGAGAAUAUCUUUUCAGUAUGAAUAGGAUUUUUUUGAAAACUUGCGACUUUUUUCCCGCUAUAAUUCGUUUCCAAGCAUUGGAGUGCACGAUCUGAAAACUCAGUGUUUUGCUGUGAUUUGAUUGUUUAGCUGAAUCUCCUGGGAGAUUACCUCUGAAAAUUAGGCAUUCUGAUACCAAAUCUAUCUUCCGUGAUUUAUUUAUUGCAAAAGCAACUUGGUUUCUUAUUGCAAGUGUAAAUCUUCCAAAUUUGGGAAAUUUCUUCCUUGCAUAUAUCCACUUUAAAUGUACAAAGAUCACUUGUCUUUACAUGAAUAAACUCCGCUCCUCUUGUUUUUCUUUUUUCUGGAAAAUAUGCCUGACCAGACGUGUUCAUUUGGUAUCUCAGGGAGAACAUUUCAACAAUUUAUACCUUUAAUUUUCUUUAUCUUCUGUUGAACUCAUAAUUUAUAAUUUUCUUUCAAAUAUUUCAUCUUCUAUCUUGUUCAGAAUACGUCUGUGGUACAGUCUGAUGAACGUGGGAGACCAGCGGCAAUUGUAUCCAACCAUGUGUCUUAUCUAGAUAUCUUGUAUCAUAUGUCGUCUUCCUUCCCCAGUUUUGUGGCAAAGGUAGGUACUUUAUAGGAUCAACUUCUCUGGCACAUGUUGUUAACUUGCAGUUUCAUGAGACUUAAUUGGAUUUUUCGCUGCCUACUGACAUCUUCUCUUUUGUCUCAUCAAUUUUUCUACUGUAUUUUGUUGCUGAAGAGAUCAGUUGCUAAGCUCCCCUUAGUUGGUCUUAUCAGGUUCGUCCUUACACUUAUUUGCUUGAUAUAUGUUAUUCACAUUUACUCUUACUCUUAUUCACAUUUUCGUUCAAUAGAAGAUUAUUUGCUAUUUUGUCAAGGCAUUUACCCGAAUGAGCUUCGGAUGUUAGUUUUAUUUUUAAGUAUGGGCUAUUCUGAUCCUCAGAGCACAUUUCCUUUAAGAUGUUUGGGUUGCCCAGUUGUUGGCAUUCCUUGUAUGAUGGGUUUCCCUUCAACUUAUCAAAAAGAGAGAGAUUGGAGAAAUUGAGCAUCUAUUUUCAGUUUUCUUUUUUUUCAAUCGUGAAAAACAACCUUGGUUUCCUGCUUUUACCUCAUGAUUUCUUGAGAAGAAUAUGUUGAGAAUGUCUAUUUAAAUGGCUGGUGUCUCUUUUUCCUCAUUAAGUUGAUGCAGUUUUUGGUUUGAUAUAAGAAAUGGCAAGUGGGAGGGGUUUUUGUGUACAGUUUGUUUGACAAUCAUCCCGUUUUCCAAGUAUCACAGUUUUACUAAGAUUCAUUUGGGCUCUGCACAUGCAAUAUGGGUGAAGGAUUAAAAAAAAUUCUUGUAUCGAAUAAAAAUUUUCCCCCAAGAUUUUUCUGUCAUCCUGGGUACAGUCAGUUUAGACCCUUUUCUAACUUGUCAUAUUUAUGCUUCACCAAUAAUCCAAAUUGUUUUGGGUAAUGAUUUUUUGAUGUUCUUCGUUUGCAGCAAGUGCCUGGGUUGUGUCUAUGUCCAAAGGGAGUCAAAAUCAUCCGACUCUCAGGGUGUCUCAGGUAAUGCACCCGAAAUCCAUCAGUCUUUAGUCUUGGAAAACUAAGAGCCGAUAAUUUCUUUUUGUUACAGGAACUAGGACCAGUCUUCUCUUUAGUUGGAUCUCUUAUGCGUAAAAAUUGAGGAAGGAAUACUUUUACUCCCAAUACCCUCAUCCCCAAGUUUUCAUCCACAAUGGUGGCUCCUAUAAGGACGCUUGCCAUUUGUAUCUUUGUCUGUCUUUUAUCUUGAAUUGGGUUGAUCUUGAAUCCGUAGGACAGAGUACCUUUCACUGAGUUCUACCAAUUCCAAUGGAUGUCCUUUAUGGGGGGGAGCCUUUAUUUUUGGGCCGUAUGUUUUGGGUUACUGACAGCAUAAAGGACACGUGCUUCGUGGCACAUGUUUAAAACCGCCAGUGGAACUCAACUUCGUAGAUAUUACUUAUCUGGGAGAAGUUGUGGACUUCAAUCGCAGAUUGUUCGAAAAACACCUCGAUCUUCGUGCUUAUGUAGCACAAAAUAUUUGGAAUCAACUGACGUUUUUACAAAAUAUGUGGAUCUUUCCAACAUUCACUUCUGGUUCAAAUGGUGAUAAACAUAACACUUGGAUUUCCUCUUCAAGGCUAGGUUCCCAUUCACUAAUUAAGUUUUAUGACAUGCCAAUGCCCUCAGAGUGGCAUCUUUGGAGUGAAUCCCAUUUGGCUAUUGACUUUGAGCUCAUUUUUUACAGGUGUUAUCAUGGAAAGGGUUUUAGAAGCUCACGAAAAUGAUUUCUCACCGAUGAUGUUGCUUUUCCCAGGUGAGUACACGUUUUAGUGGUAUAUUGAGUACAUACUGUGCUUUACAGGUUAUUUAUCUUAGCAAUAAAUCUUAUCUUUAUUGCUAAGUUAUCAAUUGAUUCUGUUUAUUACUUAUUUUUAGGUUUGUGCAUUGAUUCUUCGUUUUGAAGGUAAAUAUAUGCUAUUGAGAUGCAACAUCACAUUGGAUCAGCAUUAACUUAAAAAAGGAAAUAAAUCUUGACAAUUUCAGGGAUGUAAAACGGGAUUCACUUUGGUAACACGAGGAAAUUCAUUUUUUUUAGUCACAAAAAGUUUAAAAAAUUAAUGAAAUCCUGAUAAAUGGAAGAGUUUCGCAAAAAAAUGACUCUUGAGUAAUCCAUACACCCUCCUAUGACUCUUGAGUUAUGCAGUGCCCUAUAAAUAUUUUCAAGUAAAAAAUUUAUUUAUUUGGAAGAUUGGAAGCAAAAUGGAUUCCAACAUUUUAUGGCCUUGCAGGAAAAUUCCUGUGAAAUGCGUUCUUUGUGCAUAACUCUCGUUAGAGCUAAGACUCUUGUUUAUUAUCUAUAAACGGCUAAAGAAGAUUAGAUGGUUCUUUGAUCUGAAUUCUUAUGAUUCUCACUUAUGGAUCUUGUCGUGAUUUUUAUCCCUUUCACAGGUCUUUGACGCUCAGAUAGUACUUUUAUAUUUAGUUUUUUUUUCUUUCUCUGAAAAUUUCUGUAUCUUUCCAUGACACUGCCCGUGAUACCAAAGCUUCCUUUAUGUGGCCUGUCCCUAUGGCUUUCUUUCGUCGAACUUAUCUGCAUUCUCCCUUGACACUUCGAUCAUAACAAAGUCUCUCUUGUCUAGUCCCCUCCAGAGCAUGCAUUACUAAGGAAUUUUAUUCACCCUCUUUGAUGACUCUAAUGGUUGAUUCCCUGCACAUUUGUUCGAACCAUACAGGGCAAUAUUUAAUAUAUUUUCCAUUUGUUUCCACUUCCAGAGGGCACAACCACGAAUGGAGAUUUCCUCCUCCCGUUCAAGACUGGUGCGUUCCUGGCAAAAGUUCCUGUGCUCCCAGUGGUUCUGCGGUACCCUUACGGGAGAUUCAGCCCAGCUUGGGACAGUAUCUCCGGGGUGAGUCUUCCUCUUUGUUCUAUCCCUCUGGUUGCUCUGUCUGGUUGAUUGAUGCCCGCCAUGAGCCUCUAACCAGUCUGGCAAAGAAGUGAUUACCUUCUGUUCUAAAUGCAAGAUAUUUCAAAGUUUCAGUUUAAGUCCUUGAUUUGUUCUUUCGGCGUUGUAUGUUCCUAUUAUUGCGGGGAGUGGAGACUCUCUCGAGAAAUCUUUCUAUCUUUUCGAUUUUCUUCGUACGUCUCUAUAGUGAAGAGUUGUGGGUCUUAUUUUCCCAGUGAGGUCCCCUUCAUCUUUCUCAUGCUCACUUGCAGGUACGCCAUGUUAUCUUCCUUCUUUGCCAGUUCGUGAAUCACAUCGAAGUUCUUCAUUUUCCUGUGUACUACCCAUCCCAGCAAGAGAUGGAGGAUCCGAAAUUCUAUGCCAACAGUGUUCGCAAAUUAAUGGCUACAGAGGUACCCAACUAUCAUGAGAUAUUACCUUCGAUUAUUUUCUCAACAUCUCCGGAAAACAAUGCCAACGUCUAGAUUUUUCUCAAGAAAAAAAAAACUCUUUAAGAAGUAAUUGAUAUUCAAUUAAUAUUAAAUCUAGAACAUGAAUUUUCAUCUGUUGGGUCAUUUACCAUAGUGAAACUCUUCGAUUCUUAGUCAAAAUUUUCAUCGUCAGAGAAUGAAGCAUCAAUCGAACAAGACAGCCGAUUUGCUUAUUUGUUCUUCUUUGUGUCAUCGAGAUCAUGCUGUUUAGCUCCAUUGUUCUUUAUUUUCUUUUAAUUUAGCAUUAUCAGAGCUCCUCAUGAUUAUAUUCUCCAAUCCCGUUAUUCUAUUUUUUAUUAAAUGACCUCUCGUCUGACUUAUGUCCUUUCAAUAUUAUGUUAUCUAUCUCAGGGAUGCAUUAACAUUAUUAGCAUAAACAUAUAUGCAUACACGCAUGCAUAUUUAUAUCAUAUGUCCGUGUUCCAUUAACAUAUCUGCAUCUUGACGCCCACCGAGGAAAUUUCAUCUAAUCUCCGAUGGGUUUCAGGGGAAUAUGACGCUAUCAGACAUCGGACUGGCAGAGAAGCGAGUCUACCACACUGCUUUGAACGGUAAUGACCCUCCUCGUGUUUCAUCGCAUCAGAAAGAAGACUGA